UAAGCAUUACCCCAAAUCACUUAUCAAUUGUUCUCUUAUCUUUUGGGGGAUGAAUACUUUGCCGUUCUUAUGAGGACCCUGGCACCUUCUAUAUUCUCGCGUUGACAGUCAGCUAUGCUUGGACCUGCAGAUUUGCUGAAGCUGAAAGAAGAUAUCGCCGCUUCCUACCCUGACUUUGAGGCGAACGUCACGAAGGCAUGGAAAGAGGUUAUCGCCGAACUAGCGGUGGUCACUGAGACCAUUAGCAAACAAGGCGCCAAUUACCUGCCCCAACUUGAUUUCGCUGAGUUGACAAACUUAACCGAGGCGCAAAAGACAGAGAUCAAGAGGAAGGGAUGCGUCGUUAUUCGUAAUGUAGUAGACGACCAACAAGCCAUUGCGUGGAGACACGGCCUUCAAGAAUUUGUCGCGGCGAAUCCUGAUGUCGAGGGGUUUCCGAGCGACAACAAACAGUUCUUCCAGCUCUUCUGGACGAAACCUCAGAUAGAAGCUAGAGCACAUCCAAAUAUGCUCAAGGUGUCGACCUGGUUAAAUCAGAUUUAUCACUAUGAUGGCGAAUUGGAAACAGAUGGAGUGAAUCUAUCCGAGCCUUUGAGCUAUGCCGAUAGGCUCAGAAUGAGACAUCCUGGGGUGCAGUGGAACAUCCAUCCACCACACAUUGAUGGCGGAGCAAUCGAACGGUGGGAAGAUCCAUCGUUCCGGUCAGUCUACAAGGAUGUCUUCGGAGGCAACUGGAAGAAACAUGACCCGUACGAUUUGCGCGGAAGGAUUAAUGCGAAAAGUUCGUUGCAUAACAGAGUAGGACAGGCUACGAUCUUUCGGACUUUCCAGGGAUGGCUUGCGAUUAGCGAGACCGCCCCGACCGAGGGUACUAUUCAAUUCUUCCCCAACGUAAUCAUGAGCAAUGUGUACAUUAUGCUGCGGCCAUUCUUUCAACCUCUUGUCCCAGCCGACUCUCCCGAAAUUUUGAAGGCGAAAAACUGGAAGUAUGAUAUCUCGAUACCGGAUUUCCCUGGCAUCAUUCCCUUGGGAAGCGGUUACACCGGGCCGAGGCCAACACCUGACAUGCAUCCUCACCUCAAACUGGAGAAAACCAUGAUUUCGGUACCAAAGGUUCUUCCAGGUGACACCGUAUUUUGGCAUUGUGAUAUGGUUCAUGCCGUCGAAGUCGAACAUACCGGAAAGGAAGAUUCUUGUGUGAUGUACAUCCCUUCGGUGCCUCUCACACCAAUGAAUAAAGCAUACAUCGAGAGGCAGAGAGACAGCCUCUUGAAAAGGAUCAGACCGCCUGAUUUCCCACCUGCUAUGAACGAUGAGCACAACUUUGUUGGCAUGGGCUCGGCUACGGAUAUAUCGGAACCUGCGGGGCGAAGAGCAAUGUUAUUGCCUGUAUCGGUGGCAUGACUGAAAUGUGAAAUACGAUGUCAAUUGCGUAGGAUAAUUUAUCUUUUGAAAUCGUAGUGUCAGGAAUGUCCGGAAGCGUCAAUUAUCUACCAGCAUCGACGUACAGAAAGCAGAAGUGUACCAAGAACUUUCUGUCGAUUGUACUUAGGGUCGUAGUAGUAGGAGGGAGAGAAAAGUAUCGCUCCUUCUGUCUCGCCACUUUAUAGACCUAGAUUAUCAAUUUACCUGUUCGCUCCAACUAGUAGUAGUAGAAAUUGUAGCUUCGAU